ACCGGGAGGGCGGGGGUAGAAACCCGGGUUGGGGCCCAAGGCGGUUAGAGCGGUGGCGGCGGCAUCCGGAGUAGCACUGAGAUCUUCCGGCGGCGGGAACUGGGGUCAUGGAUCAUAUCACGGUACCCAAGGUAGAAAAUGUGAAAUUGUUGGAUCGUUAUGUGAGUAAGAAACCAGCUAAUGGGAUUCUUUAUCUUACUGCAACCCACCUGAUCUAUGUGGAGGCUUCCGGUACAGCACGGAAAGAAACAUGGAUUGCACUCCAUCACAUUGCCACUGUGGAGAAGUUACCCAUCACUAGUCUGGGCUGUCCCCUAACACUCCGCUGCAAGAACUUCCGGGUGGCCCAUUUUGUCUUAGACUCUGACCUUGUGUGCCAUGAGGUUUAUAUUUCACUACUCAAGCUUUCUCAGCCAGCAUUACCUGAAGAUCUUUAUGCUUUUUCUUACAAUCCCAAAUUCUCAAAAGAGAUGAGGGAAAGUGGAUGGAGACUGAUUGACCCAAUAUCAGACUUUGGGCGUAUGGGAAUACCCAACAGAUACUGGACUAUAACAGAUGCCAACAGAAACUAUGAGAUAUGUAGCACCUACCCUCGUGAAAUAGUGGUUCCUAAAUCUGUUACCUUGGGAACGGUGGUUGGAAGUUCAAAAUUCAGAAGUAAAGAACGUGUCCCUGUGCUCUCCUACCUCUGCAAAGAGAACAGUGCUGCCAUUUGCCGCUGUAGCCAGCCUCUCUCUGGAUUUUACACUCGCUGUGUAGAUGAUGAGCUCUUGUUGGAGGCGAUUAGCCAAACAAACCCAGGGAGCCAGUUUAUGUAUGUUGUAGACACAAGACCAAAGUUGAAUGCCAUGGCCAACCGAGCAGCUGGGAAAGGGUAUGAAAAUGAAGACAACUAUGCCAACAUUCGCUUCAGAUUCAUGGGCAUUGAGAACAUCCAUGUGAUGCGGAACAGUCUGCAGAAACUUUUGGAAGUUUGUGAAUUGAAAACUCCAACAAUGAGUGAAUUUCUUAGCGGCCUGGAGAGCUCAGGGUGGUUAAGACACAUUAAAGCUAUUAUGGAUGCUGGAAUUUUCAUUACAAAGGCAGUAAAGGUAGAAAAGGCCAGUGUCUUAGUCCAUUGUUCUGAUGGGUGGGACCGCACAGCACAAGUCUGCUCGGUGGCCAGCAUCCUCCUAGAUCCAUUUUAUAGGACAUUCAAAGGACUCAUGAUCUUGAUAGAGAAGGAAUGGAUAUCCAUGGGCCACAAGUUUUCCCAAAGGUGUGGCCACUUCGAUGGAGACUCUAAAGAAGUGUCCCCUGUCUUCACCCAGUUCCUAGACUGUAUUUGGCAAUUAAUGGAACAGUUUCCUUGUGCCUUUGAGUUUAAUGAAAACUUCCUGCUGGAGAUCCAUGACCAUGUUUUCUCCUGCCAAUUUGGAAACUUCCUUGGAAACUGCCAGAAGGAUCGGGAAGAUCUAAGAAUCUAUGAGAAAACACAUUCUUUAUGGCCUUUCUUGGUUCAGAGGAAAUCAGACUUCAGGAACCCUCUCUAUAAAGGCUUCACUAUGUAUGGGGUACUCAAUCCCAGUACUGUGCCCUACAACAUUCAGCAGAAACUAAAAGCCCGUGAUGAGCCACCAGAAGAGAUCUGUACCUGCUCUCAAUUAGGAAACUUACUAUCCCAACAUCUGGGAAGUCCUUUGACCAAUCCUCUUGGCUUUAUGGGUAUUGAUGGAGACCUGAAUACCUUGAUGGAGAAUGGCACCCUCUCCAGGGAAGGAGGCCUCCGAGCUCAGAUGGAUCAAGUAAAAAGCCAGUGUGCAGACUUCCACCAUGACUGUUGUGGGAUUGUGGGCAGCCUUAGGGCCAUAAAUAUCUAUGGGGAUGUGGGCAUCUCUGGAGACAGAGGCAUCUCUGGAGACAUGAGUACCUCUGAGACUACAGAGUUCUCCAGAGACUUAGGAAUCUCUGGGGCCAUGGACAUCUCUGAGGCCACGGGUAUCUCUGGAAACAUGGGUAUUUCUGAGGCCAGGGGUUUAUCUGGAGACCUGGGUUUCCCUGGGGAUAUGGGCAUCUUGGGAGACACAGGCAUCUCCAAGGCCAGCACCAAUGAGGCAGACUACUCCAAGCAGCAGUGAAUUAGUUACUCAUCUGCUUCCAUGCUAGGUACACCUACAGCAGCUACAAUGAUUAUUGUCCCAGAGAGGGCUCUGCUACUUUUCCAAUUGGUUUAAGUGGGUGAGGCCAGGGCACCCCUCUUCCCACUUAAGAGUCUAGAAGGAAAUUACUUUACUGAUUAAGUGACCAAUAUGUUCAUAUUAAGCAGUACAGAGUAUAGCCAAGGCAAAGAAUAUGUUAUUGUUCUAAAAUGGGAUUUAACUAUAGAAAUGUUGCCUCUCAGCUGAGACAUGUAUUAAACUGGUUCUACUAUCUGUUUUCCUUAAUGAUUGACCUCCCCUAUUUUCUACCCUCACUGAUGUAAUGUGAGAGUGAAUGGAAGUAUUUUCACAAUGGUCAAUAACGACCCAUUUGAGGGGAUGGAGAGAUGGUAUACACCAGGUAACUAAAUUGCAGAAUAUAUUAAAAGAAAAUUUUACUUUCAGGUAUUCUUAAGUCAUGAGAUGUUAGCUAACAUUAUUGCUAAUGGAGACAUACAAUAUUUCCCUGAGAAAGAAAUCAAAAUGAUGCUUAAUUGUUAGCAUGAGUGCAUGGGUGUUUGGUGGUUUGAAACAUGUAAGGAAAGUUUUCUUAAGUUAUGACACUUGCUCUCUCCAACCCACACCCCACCUAGGUCUUGUUAUAAUACUUAGCCAGUUCCCUUUUUCAUAGAUGGCUCAUAGGUAAACUUGAAUCCACUACAGUCUGAAAUUAUAAAUUUCAAAUUAAUGAGUUUUGUAUUAAUAACAUUGAUUAAUAGCAUUCUCAGCAUCGGUUCAGGAAGUAAUUGAAAAUCUUGGUGCUUCAGACUCAGACUGAGACAUGGUCUAUGUGCUUAUCUGGGUUUUUGCAAAAUACAUCCCGUUUUGGGUCUUUUUAUGAAGACAAGUGGUUUCCCUUAUCUGGAUAUCACAUGAGAUUUUUGGAUUUUUUUGGCACAAUUGGCCCUACUUUUAAAUCUGGUAGGUUUAUCACCUUGUGCUAAUGUACACUUUUGAAUAAAGUCCAUUCUGAUAGCAUAUACAGAUACUCCUGGGGAAAGAGAUGUAUUUUUAUUUAAACAUCAGAUUUUCUCCUAGAGCUUGAUAUACUUGAUGGGGUUUUCAUCUUUCCUAUUGGAUAUUUAGUCAUGAUUUUGCCACUUCCACAUACUGAGAGUAGGAUAGGCCUUGGUCAGUUUGGAUCAUGCUCUGUAUAUUCUCAGCAAUUCCAGAACUCUUAAUGCCAACAGAAUACAGGUCCUCAACCAAAAUGUCUUUUCCAAAUACUCUAUAUUUGGCUUAAGCUAAAAAAUUAGAUGACUUAAAGAGGCAUCUCUUGAUUUUCACAUCCAGUUGUGCACAUAGAAAUCUCUAGAGGAUUUAGGUGCUUUCCUUCAAAAAAUCUCUAAAGGCUUAGGUGCUUUUCUUUGAAAGAAAAGGGGUACUUUUUAAGGGUUUAAUUUAUGUGCAGGAGAGGAAUACCAGGAUAGCUCCUUGAUUUCUUUUCCCUAGCUAAACUAUUUACCCAAAACAACCUCUUUUGUGGAAGAACUCUAAAUCAUUUUGGUUGUCUUUUUUUAAUAUAUAAAUGGAGUCAUUUUUCUGUUUAUUUCCUCUUGGUAACUGUUUUAAUUCUUUGUUUUUAAAGAACGCUUAAUUUAUUUGGAACUUUCCCAUUAAUAAAUAGGGCCAUAUCUUACUUACAUCUUUUUGAUAGCUGCCUUGAUCUUAUAAUUUUAAAGCAUGAGGAUGAUUUCCUUUUGUAUCUCUGUUGUCCUCCUCUUUCCAUGAUUUAGUCCUUACUUUAUAUAAACUAAAUCAUCAUUUGACUUCUUUUGGAAAAUAAAACAGGGUUUGUACACACCAUUUUGAUCUGGAAGUUACUUGUAAUUCUGGCUUUGUGAAGGACGUUGCCAAAAAGGAUGACGGUACCAAUCUGCCACCAGUGAGCCAUUCUGGAGCUUGCUCCCACACCUUUCUCCCAUAUCUCAAUUUGUAUUUUGCAGUCCAUUAAUUAGCAUGAUGUUCUGGAUAGAGUGUGUUGAGUUUUCAGGGAAGAAAGUAAAAAGGUAAAUGGUAAGACAGAGUAGUUUUUGCAAAUAAAAAAAAUUAAGCCUUAAAUAAU